GGUUAAACUCACUCAGCCCCGUUGCCGCGUCAGCCAUUACACCUUGCUAAGUCAAAGAUCUUUACGUCUGAAAGAAAGAAAAUAUACCUCUCUAGACACUUUUAGACCGAUAGCAGAGUGAAAAAACAUACGUAAGCUCGGUCCGUGUGCAUUUAGUGAACGAAAGUGAAUUAAAAGGCUCGUGAAACUGAGUACUUGACGAAUAAAGGAACAAAGGCGGAAGUAUUAGAUUCAUGGCUGAACAACAAGCUCCUCAGGAUGUGGAAAUGGCGAAUGACCCCUCAGAUACGCCACAAUCGCAGCCGAUAGCAGCAAACCAAGUACAGAAUGAAGCUGGUGGUUUUGUAUGGCAAGUGGAUGACUUAGUGCGGUUUCGACGCUUCCUCGUGCUUGGAAGUGAAGGCGGAACGUACUACGCGUCGCAGCAACAACUUGGGCAAGAGAACGCUCAAGCUUUAAUGCGACUUAUCGCCCAAGGUAGGGGACCCGAAGCCGUAAAAAUUAUAGUCGAAUACAGCACACAGGGUCGUACAGCCAAGCAAGACCCGAUAAUUCUAUCUUUGGCCUUGUGUGCUCGAUCGAAGCACAUGGAAACCAAACGCGCUGCUUAUGCCGCCCUCGGCGAAGUAUUGCGAAUUCCAACGCACCUCUUUAACUUCGUGGAGAUCUGCGAGACCCUAAGCAAACCAUCGACUGGCUGGGGCAGAGCACAUCGAAAAGCAAUUCAAAAAUGGUACAAUGGGAAGAAGCCACGCGGUCUUGCAGUGGCCGUAACCAAGUACAAACAGCGCAAUGGCUGGUCACACCGGGACCUGUUUAGACUUUGCCACGUAAAACCGACCGAUCCAGCUAUUCAAUUUGUUGUGAAAUAUGUGAUUAAAGGAUUUGAUGCUGUUAAAGAAGAUGCUGGGAAGGCUGGAGUUAGUCAGGAUGUUACCUCUGUGUAUACCUUUUUAGAAGGGGUAGAACAAGCCAAGACAAUGAGUGAAGACGAGUUGGUCAGCGCCAUUCCAAGGCAUGGGCUGGUGAGGGAACAUAUUCCCACAAACCAUCUUAGCUCCAAAAAGAUCUGGGAAGCACUCCUUGAAAAUAUGCCUAUGACAGCCAUGAUCAGAAAUCUUGGGAAAAUGACGAGUGUUGGUGUAUUAGCCCCUUUGACAGAUGGAAUGACCAGAGUCUGUGAUAAGUUGAGGGAUGAGCAGAGCCUCAAGAGUGCGCGUGUUCACCCAUUCUCCAUCCUUCUGGCUCUGAAGCAGUAUCAAGCAGGUCAAGGAGACAAAGGGAAGCUUACAUGGCAACCAAAUCAAGCAAUUGUUUCAGCUUUGGAUGAAGCAUUUUACAUUGCAUUUAAGACUGUUCAACCCACCAACAAGAGAUAUCUUCUGGCUAUUGAUGUCAGUGGCUCCAUGUCUUGGGGGAACUGUAAUGGUACAACCAUCACCCCAAGGGUUGCAUCUGCUGCCAUGGCAAUGCUAACAGCCCGCACAGAGCCACAGUAUCAUUUUGUAGGCUUUUCACAUCGUUUGGUGCCUCUUAAUAUUAACUCCACUCAGAGACUUGACACAGUUUUAAGAACCAUUGAACAGGUUCCUAUGGGAGGUACUGACUGUGCACAGCCUAUGUUGUAUGCCAAGGAAAAUAACCUUAAGGUUGAUGUGUUUAUUAUUUACACCGACUGUGAAACAUGGGCAGGACCAGUGCAUCCCAGUGAGGCUCUCAAGCAAUACAGGGCUCAGUCUGGUAUUGAUGCUAAGCUCAUUGUCUGUGCAAUGACAUCCAGUGGAUUUACUUUGGCUGAUCCAGAUGACAGAGGAAUGCUCGACAUGGCUGGGUUUGACUCUGCUGCCCCCGACAUCAUCAGAGAGUUUGUGCUGGGUCUCUAAACACUAAUGUGUAGCCAGUCUUAUUGCCUCUAUAUUUAAUAAAACAUUUUAGAUUUAGACUUUUCAGGCCCACUUUCAACAUGGUACAGGCUAGUUUUAUUUUAAGCAAUGUACCUGUUUUGAAUUGUUUACUCAAGACUUUAGAUUGCAGUACCAUAAUGGUAAAUACAUGUAAAGUUGUUUUUCUAUGCAUUCAACAUAUCCAUGGAACUCGUAUACAUAAUUUGGUAUUGUAUGGUUUUUCCUUGUAUUAUAUUCAUUGGUAUAAUUAGCAAUGAUCUGUGGUAACAAUGAUAGUCACCUUGAUCUUAAUCCCAAGAUCAAGAGCCUUUAUCUUAUAUUAACUCCAUAUGUAGUCGAACACUUAAAUGCCACCAUUCCCUUCACUUGUUUUCUUAGUAAUGAGCACUA